CCUGUUGUCGUCGUUCACAGUGGACGAGGGCAAAAUUGACUUUUACGCAAAGGCAAAUUUGCCAUGCGGGUGGUGUCUGCCCAAGAUGCAGACGAAGCGGCGGUGCAGGAGGCAGUGCAACUGCUCAACGCAACAUGGCCUCGCAGCGACGGCGCAAGGCGAUCUGCUCUGCAGCGAUCGAAGGAGACACUGCCGUUGAGCCUGCUGCUCGUUGCUGAGGAGAAGGACGCAGAGAGCAAUGGACUGCGCCCAGGGCAGGUUGUGGCGCACGCCAAAAUCUCCGAAGCCCUGGAAAUCCCCACCGCAGUCUUGUUCGAGUCAGUCAUUGUCUGCGAGACACUCCGUGGCAUUGGACUCGGACGACAGAUCAUGUGUGCCGCCGAAGACUUUGCCAGAAGUCGUGGCUACAAGCAUGCGUACUUGUCCACGACGGAUAAGCAGGCGUUCUAUCAGCAUCUGGGCUACACAGAGACAGACGUGUGCGUGUCAGGGUUGACGGACGCCCUCCGCCGUGUUCGCCAGUCCCUCAAACAAACCACCAUCGACCCGAGUCAAGAUGAUCCCCAGACCCAGCACAGCCAUGAAGCUCCAGCAUCCCCACAACCAGCACACAAACCACCACCACCACCACCACCACCACCACCAAGUGCGCCGCUGGUCCCACCACCACCACUACCACCACCGUCCGUCGCAGACAAGCCGACAUGGCUCGUGAAGCGACUGUAACCCUACUCACUACUGAGCCACCAAGCUGCAUAGCUGCAUAGUUUGCAAACAAGAAGACCCUGUACCGUUGCAACUUGCACCGGGUGCUGCUGGCUGGCACCCCGUCUGCUGUCCCUGUGUUGAUGUUCACUUUUGUGUCUGCUGUUGUGACAUAGCUAAUACACCCCUCGAGUCAU